AUGUCCCAAAACUCUUUUGCUUGUUCCUCACUGCAAUCUUUGCAGGUCCUAAGCGAUGGUUCCCACCUCACCAUGGUGCUUGGGUGUAACGUUGGGAGCUCUGCUCCUGGCGGCCAAGAGGAACCCCCCAUGCACACCUACAUGUGCGACGCGGAAGCGCCUUACGUGGCGAUGGCAGCGAACAAAUUAAAUUCAACAGCACCUUACGCUACCUGCCGCUACCACACACGCCGCGCCAGCGCCAUGCUCCGCGUGCUCGCCUUCCGUCGCUCAGCUGGCAGGACUACCGGCAGGCUCACUAGUGCGUGCAUCCUGUGCUUCCUAUGGUUGGUAGUGUGCCUCUGUUGGCUUGUGGCUUGCACUGCCGUGUCAGCUUCAUGCACUGCCGUGUCAGCUUCAUGCACUGCCGUGUCAGCUUCAUGCACUGCCGUGUCAGCUUCAUGCACUGCCGUGUCAGCUUCAUGCACUGCCGUGUCAGCUUCAUGCACUGCCGUGUCAGCUUCAUGCACUGCCGUGUCAGCUUCAUGCACUGCCAUGCAUGAUGUCCUUCCUCUGGCUGGCAAUGUGACUCCGUUUUUAGGUUUGGCAUGCACUGCCCUAGAGAUGUGGGAUCCCUGUGGUUGUGGGAUCCCUAGAGAUUUCACAACAGGGUUUGAAGAGAUGGAGAUGGAGGUGGAAGGGGAGGUAUCGUGUUGGGCAAGCCAGAGUUGGGAGCGUAGUGGUGCUGCCAGACCUAUAUACAGAUCCACACGGAGCGUGGUGGUUCAUGGCGUGAGUGGAGUCAAGGUGCCUGACAUUUUACUAGAUCUCCAACAAUGA